AUGAAGAAAAAGAAGAAACCCAAAAAACAUUUGAAAUCUCCUGACAGAAGACCGAACCCCGUGGCGAAGGGUACUCAUCUGACGAAGGGAUCUGCUGCUGAAUCUGUUCCAGUUGCCAAAAACACAAGCACGAUGAACGCUAUACAGAAAGCUUGCCAGUCAACUUUUGUGCAAGUUGCUGUGCAGGGAGUAAGCAAAGUUCCUCACAUAGAGAGAGUUGCAAGCAAAAUGCUAAUGCCUGCGGCAAUCGCUAUUGAUUCGGUCCGAUUGGGAAUGUCCAUUCAACAGGAUAUCGAUCAAGACAAUAAAAUUCCAAAAAACACUGUCAAGAGCGCAUCGUCGAUUGCUGGCGGAUGGGGUGCUGGAUAUGGAGGAGCUGUUGGAGGAGCAACUGCUGGUACCGCCAUUUUCCCUGGUGUAGGAACAGUUAUCGGAGGGGUUGUGGGUGGCGUCGUUGGCGCUGUUGGUGGUUCUAUUGCUGGAGAGAAGAUAGCGGAGAAAGUUAUGAACCAAAUUGACCAGGGUGGGGAACCUAAUGAAGAAGAGCAAAUCACGGCGAAGAAAAUUUCCGGUAUU